CGUCAGUCGGCAUUAAUUAGGUACAUAAUUAGAGCAACCUUGUGCAAGUCUGCAUCGUUCACAGUUUCACGCGUUUCUACCUGGAAAGCGAUAACGAUAAACCAUCCCAGCACAUGCACAUACCUUAGGUAUUAUUACCUGCUGUACCUGCCGCCUAUCUAACUACAUAAAGUCGCUGUAACAUUUCUUAUCUCCACCUCACAACUAAAAGCAUCUCUACAUCCUAAACCACCGCUUAAGCAACUCGAGCUUUCAUGCAUGCCUCCUCCUGAACAGCCCCUAUCAGAGUCUGCAAGCCCUCUUGUUAGACUAGAGGUUGCCAUCACUAUCGACCAUGACCCCGCCAUGAGGGAUCAAAAGCCCGCCGAUCCGCCAGAUACUUUACCGACCGUCACGACCACUCCGUCGGAGUCAGGACAGGUUGAGGCUCCAAGCAAAUCUAAAGAUGGCAAGACCAAGGAAAGCAUACAGGAACCCAAAACCCUAGACAACCAAGCCGUCUUAAUAGAACCUGCCGAGGAUAAGCCCCAAGUUGAUCACACUACCCACGAGGAAGAUACUAAGGUCGAAGAUGUAUCGGUGGAUAAGACUGGUCAAGAAUCUAUACCCGACGCUCCAGUUGACCCUAUGGAAUCCUCAGUCGCGACUCUCAAACCCAAGAAGCCACAAUACUUAACUAUCACAACUGCCCCAUACGUCGAUCCGACGCCUCCCACCCCCGAAGGGUCCCAGCCGCCAUCCAGAGCUAACUCCUCCCACCGACCCAAGGGGCAUGGUCUAGAGCCCUCCCCAACCCGAUCCGAUGCCGGAUAUGACGAGAGGCGUUAUCCAAGCGAGGAUGAGCAAGAAGGCACAUCUCGUUCGGAAAUUCAGAGUAUCAUGGAACAGUUUCCCGAGGAUGGCGGUGGUCCAGGAGCAGACGAAGUGAUGAGCCCGCGGCUUGAGAUUGCUUCGCCUCUUUUAGGUAGCCCCCCGGUACAGCAUCCGCCGAGGAAGUCUAGCCUUGAGCCCCUUGCGCCGAGUAUUGCUCAGCAGCUACAGGACGUACAAGGUCUAAAGAUCUCCGAUACCUCGCCGAUAAGUGCACGGUCAAGGGAUAAGCUAAAGGAGCCUGAUGACUACGGUCCGCCGGUUCCGCCCAAGGACGGGUCGUCAGAUGAGACUUCGUCUGUGGCGCCCCUACAUAGACCCCCACCUCCAGAUCCGGAGCCAGAACCAGCUCUACCGUUUGACUUCCACCGAUUUUUAGAACAGCUCAAACAUAAAAAGGCCGAUCCCGUUGCAAGGUAUCUCAAGUCUUUCUUGUCCGAGUUUGCAAAACGUCAGUGGAUGGUUCACGAGCAAGUUAAGAUUAUUAGCGAUUUUCUUACCUUCAUAGCCAACAAAAUGGCCCAAUGUGAGGUAUGGAGCGAAGUGUCGGACGCAGAAUUCGACAACGCCCGAGAAGGAAUGGAGAAGCUUGUCAUGAAUAGGCUCUACACUCAGACCUUUUCACCCGCAAUACCUCCGCCCCAACCUAUCCCAGGCGCAAAACCGAAGCGCCGAGGAGGUGACCUGCCGCUAGGGCCAGGGCGACGCGGGCAGCACCAAGAGGACGUAGAGAGGGACGAAGUACUAGCGCAGAAGAUCAAUAUAUACAGCUGGGUCCGAGAAGAGCACUUAGAUAUUCCCCCUGCCAGCGAUAGUGGCAAAAGAUUUCUCAUUCUAGCUCAGCAGGAACUUCUAAAAAUCAAAUCCUACAGGGCACCUCGAGACAAGAUCAUUUGCGUUCUUAACUGCUGCAAAGUCAUAUUUGGCCUUCUUAAGCAUACUAAAUCCGACUCUUCCGCUGACUCCCUCAUGCCGCUUUUGAUAUACGUCGUCUUGCGGUCUAAUCCCGACCACCUGGUCUCUAAUGUCCAUUAUAUCUUGCGAUUCCGGAAUCAGGAAAAACUCGGCGGGGAAGCUGGAUACUAUCUUUCAUCUUUGAUGGGUGCUAUACAGUUCAUCGAGAGCAUGGACCGUACUUCUUUAACGAUAUCCGAUGAGGAAUUUGACAAGAACGUAGAAGCAGCCGUCUCUGCUAUUGCAGAGAAACAUAGAGCGGAGGAACCACCCCCCGCAGCACAGCCGCAACAGUCCGAAAAGACUGGACUAUAUCCCCCAGGCACCUCUUCGACGCGCCCAUCGCUCGAUAUGGAUGGGUCAGCUACACCACGUCGAUCUUCAUCAUCCAACGAUGAUGACUCCGGUGAAGACAGCCCAGCAAUAUCCGGUUUACUUCGUUCAAUUCAAAGGCCCUUAUCGUCUAUUGGUCGUAUGUUUUCAGAGGAUCCAAGCGAUGCUGGUCCUAGUUCGUCUACCCGUAUGUCUCAACCAGAUACUGCGUCACGACUUAGUCCUCGGCCCAGCGUUGAAGGGCAACCCCCUUCGAUGGACACGCGCCAGCGAUUGUCAGCUGAAGAAGCCGCAGCAAGGCAGGCCAGUGCUGAGGUUGCCGAAGCUCAAAGGAUCCACCGAGCGGAGCAUAACAAUGUUGUAGAGACUCUAGCUAGUAUGUUUCCGGACCUGGACCGAGACAUCAUUAGCGAUGUUGUCUAUCAGAAAGAGGGAAGGGUUGGUCUUGCAGUGGAUGCUUGUCUUGCAUUGAGCGCAUAAUUUUAGUCGAAGUAACGUCCCUUUAUCAUACGGUGUUAAAGGAAGCAUUCAUAGAUAGAGCCACCAUAGGUGAAACUAGGGGAGGGCGUCAACCAGAGGUCCUUCAUAGGCUGAAAUUAUUCCUCUGGUCUUCAAGGUUGUCUUCAUUUAUCCAUAUAAGCUCAAUAAUACCCUAUCUUCGAAUAUUGCUCUAUCCUUGACUAUUUAGUCGCGGUAGAGUGGUAUAUUAUAAUUGAAUCUUUGGAAUACUA